AUGGCAAACGAUCCCGAAGUCGAGCACAAGGCAGCUCUUAGCCGGGUGCACGAUGACUCUCAUGGAAGCCUCCAAGGAUCAGAGAAAGACGCAGACCACGUCAACACCACGAAUGGCGACAACACCGUUGAUACCAACUACCAAGCUGGUGUUCAAGCCGUCGAGGCCGUAACCCUUUCCUGGACAACCGCAUCGCUGAUAACAGCCUACAUCCUUAUUUGGCUCGUCUACUUCAUCCAAGGCCUAGUAGGAGGAAUCAGCGGCGCCCUAAUCCCCUACGUCACCUCUUCCUUUGCCUUCCACUCCCUCACGCCUACAACCAGCGUCCUGAGUUCUGUUAUCGGAGGCGUAACGAAUCUCAGCAUAGCAAAGACACUAGAUGUUUUUGGUCGCCCGCAGGGCUUCCUUCUUUGUGCUGUGCUCGCCACCGCCGGGCUUAUCAUGUCGGCUGCUUGUAACAACGUCGAAGCCUACGCUGCGUCACAGGUCUUCUACACCGUCGGCAUUAACGGAGUUGGAUACAGUCUUAGCGUGUUCAUUGCAGACACUACUUCGUUGCGCCACCGUGGCCUCAUCCAAGCCUUGUGUUGCUCAUCCUACCUGAUCACUGCUUGGCUCGGCGGCCCGAUUUCCACGGCGUUUCUCAACGGAGCCGGCUGGCGCUGGGCGUUUGGAAUGGAAGCUAUCCUUAUCCCGGCAGUCACGCUUCCUUUGUUUGGCCUCUUCAUGUACCACUACUUGAACGCAAAGAAGCAGGGCCUCGUUCCCAAUCGAUCGAGUGGACGUACAUUCUGGGAGUCGUUUACAUACUACAUGCGCGAAUUCGACGCUGUUGGUCUUCUUACGCUAUCCGUCGGAAUCGCUUUCUUGCUCUUGCCUUUCAACCUCUACGCGCUGCAAGCGAAGGGGUGGGACUCUCCAAUGAUCAUCUGCUUCCUCGUCUUCGGCGUCGUCCUACUGAUCCUGUUCGGAAUCUGGGAACGUUUCUUCGCAGAAAUCUGCUUCAUCCCCUGGAAACUCCUUCUGGACCGCACUGUUGCUGGAGCUUGUAUCCUGUCCUUUGCGCUCUUCUUCAGCUACAUGUGCUGGAGCAUGUACUUCACCUCCAUCCUACAGGUUGUCUUCAACAUGAGCGUUACCCACGCCAGCUACAUCAUGUCGACAUACACUGUUGGUGGCUACAUCUUCGCUGCCCUUAUUGGCGCCUUUAUGUCUUACACCGGACGCUUUAAACCCGUCACUCUCUUCUUCUCGAUUCCACUGGUAGUUCUCGGAACGGCACUACUCAUUCACUUCCGCCAGCCCACCGACAACAUUGGAUACAUCAUUAUGUGCCAAAUCUUCGUCGCAUUUGGCGGUGGCGUAAUGACCAUCACAGCUGAGAUCGCUAUUUUAGCCGCUGUCAAAGAGCAGCAAUACUUCGCUGUCGCUAUCGCUCUGGUGUCCAUGUGUGGAAGCGUUGGCGCAGCCGUUGGGCUAACGGUUUCCUCGGCAAUCUGGCAGGACGUUGUUCCUAAGAGGCUUAUGGAGUACCUUCCUGCUGAAGAUUUACCAAACUUCUUGAUGAUCUACGCGGAUAUUGUGACACAGCUGUCUUACCCUGUUGGAUCACCUACUCGCCUGGCUGUGCAGAGGGCUUAUGGAGAUGCUCAGAAGUAUCUGUUCAUUGCGGGUACCGCUGCCUGGGUUAUCGGUACGGCUGGGGUGCUCAUGUGGCGGAAUAUUGACAUUAUUGCUAUGAAGCAGACGAAGGGUCGUGUGUUUUAA